AUGCGAGAGGCCCCCGGGCGCGAGGACCCGGAGCCGGGCUGCGAGGCUCCGUGCGCGGCGUCCUGCCACGCGCAGCGCGUCCUGCAGACCCUCAACGCAUACCGGCGGAGCGGCACCCUCACCGACGUGGUGCUGCGCGCCGGGGGCCGCGACUUCCCGUGUCACCGCGCCGCGCUCAGCGCGGGCAGCACCUACUUCCGCGGUUUGUUCGCCGCCGGCCGGCCGGAACGCGGCCUGGCGGUGGUGUCGGUAGUGCCCGUCCCGAAGGUGGAGGCCGACGAGCUGCUGAGGGCCUGCGGCGAGUGCCGGCCGCUGCUGCUCGAGGCCCGCGCCUGCUUCAUCCUGGGCCGCGAGGCCGGCGCGCUGCGGGCCCGGCCGCGGAGAUUCAUGGAUCUAGCUGAAGUGAUCGUUGUCGUCGGCGGUUGUGACCGAAAGGGUCUCCUGAAGCUGCCUUUUGCUGAUGCCUACCACCCAGAGAGCCAAUGCUGGACCCCGCUGCCCAGCUUGCCUGGCUACACUCGCUCAGAGUUCGCUGCCUGUGCUCUUCGAAAUGACAUCUACGUUUCUGGAGGCCACAUCAACAGCCGCGAUGUGUGGAUGUUUAGCUCCCACCUGCAUACCUGGAUCAAGGUAGCUUCCAUGCUCAAGGGCAGGUGGAGACACAAGAUGGUAGCCUUGCAGGGGCAGCUGUUCGCGGUGGGCGGCUUCGACGGCUUGCGGCGUUUGUGCAGCGUGGAGCGCUACGACCCCUUCUCCAACACGUGGGUGGCUGUCGCCCCCCUGCCCACGGCCGUGAGCUCGGCGGCGGUGGCGCCCUGCGCGGGCCGGCUCUACGUGAUCGCGGGCGCUGGGCAGGACGGCCUCAACACCAACACGGUGCAGUGUCUGGACCCCAAGGAGGACCAGUGGAGCCUGCGGUCACCGGCGCCCUUCUCACUGCGGUGUCUUGAGGCUGUCUCCCUCGAGGACACCAUCUAUGUAGUGGGAGGCCUCAUGAGCAAAAUCUUCACCUAUGACCCGGACACAGAUGUCUGGGGGGAGGUGGCUGUCCUCCCCAGGCCUGUGGAGAGCUGUGGAGUGACAGUGUGCGAUGGGAAGGUCCACAUCCUUGGUGGGAGAGAUGAUCGUGGGGAAAGCAUUGACAGGGUCUUCACCUUUGACCCCAGCAGUGGACAGGUGGAGGCCCAGCCACCCCUGCAGCGCUGCACCAGCUCCCAUGGAUGUGUCACCAUCAUCCAGAGCCUGGACAGGUGA